AACCUUCAAAACUUUCUCAAAAUGGGUCGAGUCAUCCGAGCACAAAGGAAGUCCGGUGGUAUCUUCAAGUCCCACACCCACCACAACAAGAACCCCGCCAAGCUCAGGAACGUCGACUACGCUGAGAAGAACGGCUACAUCAGGGGUGUUGUCAAGGACAUCAUCCACGACGCUGGUCGGUGAGUCGAAGAUCCAUUAGGAGGGAGGAAAAGAGAGCAAAAUGGAGCAAGUACGGGGAGGAUGCGAGGAAGGGUCAAAAUGGGAGGAAAUGGUCGCUGACGCCCGUGACAGAGGUGCUCCCCUCGCCACCGUCGUCUUCCGUGACCCCUACCGAUACAAGCUCCGAAAGGAGACUUUCCUCGCUACGGAGGGUAUCUCUACCGGAUCUUUCGUCUACUGCGGUAAGAAGGCUUCCCUCGCCAUCGGCAACGUCCUCCCCCUCGGUCAGUGCCCCGAAGGUACCAUCGUCAGCAACGUUGAGGAGAAGAUUGGUGACCGAGGAGCGCUCGCCCGAACCUCUGGCAACUACGCCACCAUCAUCGGCCACUCCGAGUCUGGUGUGACCCGAAUCAGGUUGCCCUCUGGUUCCAAGAAGACUGUUUCUUCCCGAUGCAGGGCUACCGUCGGUAUCAUCGCCGGUGGUGGUAGGAUCGACAAGCCCUUCCUUAAGGCUGGUAGGAAGCACCACGCUAUGCGUGCUAAGAGGAACUCUUGGCCCAGGACUCGUGGUGUGGCUAUGAACCCCGUGGACCACCCCCACGGUGGUGGUAACCACCAGCACAUUGGUCACGCUUCUACCAUGGCCCGAGACGCCCCCGCCGGUCAAAAGGCUGGUCUUAUCGCUGCCAGGAGGACUGGUUUGCUCAGGGGUACCGCCGGCAAGGUCGUCGACACUGCUUAAGCAACUUUAUAGUUUCUUUGGCUGGUGGAGAGGUACUUUGUGGUAGUAGUGGAUGGAGACGGAUCCUUUGGGAUAGCGGACCGCGGCGAAGGGUUUUGUAUUACAUGGCUCUUCUAUGCAAAUUUCUCGAUACUUUGGUUUUUGGAUGGGGAUCGCGCGCUGGAAGGAUUGGAGCAUAUGAGACUGGAUUUAGCAAGUGUUUGGUGAACUAUAAGGCGUUUGUCGGGAUAGCGUGG